AUGAGGCAGCUCCGCUCCGCUGCUCCAGCCCCGCUGCUCUGCACCCUCGCCGUGCUCUUCAGAACGUCUCUGUCAGUGGACCACGUACCCAUGCUGCUUUGGUCAACUCAGAGAUCACAGUGGAAUCCUGACGCUGCUUUGCACGAAGGACACGUUGUCUCAGCACAGGAGCUGAAUGUACUCUUGCAACCUGUUUUUACCCAGAAUUCCGGAAACCUCAUCCUGUUCCUGCAAGAUACACUUAGCGUAGAUGAUUUCACGUACCUCAGCGAAUCCUACAGUAACAAGAAUCCAUUUCAAAAUGUUCAGGAAAUUCUUCAGUCUUCUCCUUCAUCUUUAGUUUUGCCAGCUGUUGACUGCAAAGCUACCAGGUAUCUUCUGAGCUUUCUUCAGGAGUCAGGAGAUUGGAAUUUAGCAAACAUAACUAAUCUCGAUGUCUCUCAGCUGGAAGUGGAUGCAUCUAAACCAAACUUACUGGUGGUUCAGCUACAACCGCUUGUCAGUGGUUUAAAUGAGAUUUCCACCCUGGAAGCAAUUACUGAAAAUGACAAAAUAAUUGGAAGACUGACCAUGGAUCUGCAGGAACGAGGGAUUCAUUUUUCAGUAAUUUAUACUGCAGUGAGACCUUCAAGGAUUUCAAGAAGAACUGAUGUGGUGUGGGAAUUAAGGCGUCAAUUAAUGGCCACUGAGGAAGAAGACAGUUUAUCAUAUCCUCCUCUGAACGUGACGACUGGAAAUGAUAUAUGCAUCCUCUUUUAUGCUAGUAAUUUCACCCUCAAAGCCAACAAUUCAGUUUUUAUAGAUUUGACAAAUGCAACUUUUGUAACCCAGAAUGUGGAUAUUUCUUCCUCUAAGUGCUCAGACUUCAACACAACACUGUCAUUAAAAUACACAAAGCCAGUGAAUGGAAUCAGCAGCCUAGAGAUAAGGUUUUUAAUGACCAACAAGUUCUAUGAAGGCUCGGCUAGAAAUUGGUCCACUUUAGAUUCAGUUGAGAUUCUGCAAGAUGGAGGAAAGUUUGCUAAAUUUAAUGUUUCUGUCAUCUCUGCUCCUGCAGAGUAUUCAUUUCAUUGUCAGCUGGUGGGAACAAGCGAUCUCUAUCCUGCAAGGCUGAUUCCAUCCAACAAUGAGGCAAAAAACUGGGAUGUUUCCAUUUCCAGGUUGCAAAUUCAAGGCUUCAGCAUUGAAAACAACCAGUUUUCCUAUGCAAGUGACUGUACAGGCUUCUUCACUCCUGGAAUCUGGAUGGGCUUGGUGACAUCUAUAGUUCUACUGUGGAUCCUGGCCUAUGGCAUCCAUAUGAUCUUGCAGCUCACAACAAACAGCAGAUUUGAUGAUCCCAAAGGUCCAGCUCUGUCAGUUCCUCAGACAGAAUAGCCAUGGAUUGAUUUAAUGCUGCUCCAGCUUUUCCUGGUCUGAUAUUUAUGAUUUUUAUGUCCUUUUACUUCAU